GAAAGCAGAGAAGCACAGAGGUUGGCAAGAAUGGCACCAGUUUACAUGCAGUGUGAAGAACCUGAGCUCAAAGUUGAGCUCAAAGACAACAAGUUUGACAGGACAUCAGGGAAAGCAGGUGGUUCCCUGUUGCAGAGUUGCAGGUGUUCUUUGAAAGGAAUAUCCAUACCAAUCCUUUACAUUACAAAUGCUGUGCUGCUUCUGCUGUGGAUCAUAACCAUCAUCAUUAUAAGUGCAAAAUAUUCCAAGAUGGCUAAGGAAAUGGAACAGCUGCAUGGCAAUCAAACUCUGCUGACUUCAAAUGAUACCCAGAUGGAGAAAAAACUGGAGAUACUUCAUUCUAAUCAAUCCAUCUAUGCAUCACAGAUAAAUAACAACCUGCAGAAACUGAAUGAUUCUCAGGCUAAACAAAUACAGCAAGUGACCACCGAAUUGCGUGAUUUACAAUCUGAGAAAGGAAAGAUCUGGAAUGAGCUGUUUAAACUAGCAAGUGUACUUCAUAAAAUAAAUGCCUCAGCCUGCAAGAUGUGUCCAGAGGGUUGGCUGAUGGACAGAGGGAAAUGCUACUAUUUUCAUGAACAGGCGAUGCACUGGUCUUCAGCUAAAAAGUUCUGUGAGGAUCGAGAUGGCUACUUGGUUUCUAUCAACGACGACAUUGAGCAGACGUUUCUCGAUUCAAAUAAAAAAGCCUCUUGGUACUGGAUUGGUCUAAACGAUAUGAAAAGUGAAGGUAACUUUGUCUGGCUGGAUGGUAGUCCUCUAACAUAUCGCCACUGGUCACUUUUUCAACCUGAUGAUCAUGACACGGGCGAGGACUGUGGCAUGAUGAAAACAGAUGGUGCUUGGAAUGAUUAUCCAUGUGGCAACACGGUAGAUGGCUGUAUUUGUGAAAUGUCAUGGCACUGCCAAUAGUGGUCAGCAAGAACAGGAACCAAAAUGCAGAAGGUUUGCUCUUCAUGACUCUGUCAUUUUGCUAGGGCCUUUGUUAGUAAUUCAAAUUCUGAUACCUUCUGUGAGGUGACUAUGGGGAAUUAUUUUUACUCACGAGGCUAUGAUAGUCACACGUAAAUUGGUGUAAACAUACAGUAACUAUGCCAUAUCUGAUUUUUAUAUUUACAAAUAAAGACCAAUGUACUUCCAAGAUUGAAACUCUGAAGGAGCGCAGCCGUGUUUCCACACCUACCCAAACAUGUGAACUUACAUUCAGAUUAACAUGGGGAAUUAGACUGCGUGUUUGUGCAGGGUGUGACAAAUCAGCAUCUUUUACCUAAAGAGGUGGCUGUGGGAAAAGGAUAACUGAGAUUUGAUUUAAAAAGUGAUUUGGUACAAUAGUUGGGGGAGGGAUUAUUAUUCUAAGCAAAUACUAGCAGUACUAAACCAAAGCACAAUUAUCCCAAUUAAUGCAGCAACACCCAACCAUCAGCAGAGCUUUCCCAAUUUGGAGUAGAAGUUAAAAUUUGAGGUCAAGAUGUACAUGUAUGGAAAAUGGGGACUAUCUGUUCACAUUUGACUUGUGGUAAUCAAGACAAGUGAGAAGCAGGGGUGGUUUUCCCUUCCUCUGCAAAGUCUUCCUUGGAAGCAGGGGCUUAGCUAGGGAAAAGGGAGCCCGACACAGACUCCGAGUUUUCCGCCCCCUUAUGGGCCCCUGUGCUGUUCCCCCCCCCCGCACCACCUGUUCCCACACACCCUACUUAACUUAGCAGGCAGCGGGCCCUGGUGGGGCAGGGCUGGGCAGGGGGGUGCACAGUGGCCACUGCCAGGCCUGGCCACGUGGGGUGAGGGGGGAAGGAGGAGAGGCGAUUUUCCACCCCCACGUGACUUCAACGGCAUCCACCCGGGACGCCUGUCCCCACCCUGCCCCAUGGAAGCUAUGCCACUGCUUGGUAGUCUCCCAUCCAAGUACUAGCCCUGCCUGUAUUUUGAGGUCUGACAGGUUUGGGUUUUACCAUACCAUUCCACAACCCACUGCUAGAUAAACAUUUGCUAAAAAUUAGAAACAAGAAAUGUUACAUUAUACGUACUAGUAGGUAAAUAACAUUGAAGAAGUGUAUAUAUGUUAACAGCUUCACAAAGAGUUAAUCACAUGGAGAGAUUAAAUAAAAUAUGGUAUUAAGGGCAACAUAGCAUCUACAGUUGAGGGGUUAAUGGUUUAAUUGACUCUAAUUCAUGUUAAUAGAUUUUGUUAUACUUUGUAAUAAAAACUUAUAGCUUA